CAAGCGAGUGAGCUUUAGAGAGAGAGAGAGAGAGAGAGAGGGGAGAGGGAGAGGCAGAGAACCAGAGGCAUCAUUACAGAGGAGAACACAAAAGAGAUAACAGGAGAUACGCAUGGAAACAGCAGCUCACUGGAACACAAGCAGAGACACAGUAAGGCAAGAGCUAGUGUGUGAGUGUGUGUGAGUGUGUGAGUGUGUGUGAGUGUUUCCACGGUUCUCCUGAGGCCGUGGCAGCCAUGGCGUCAGAGCCCAGCACCCAGUCCAGGGUGAUGUUCCAGGCAGGAGACAAGGCAGAGGAACCGGCUCACCGCAAGCUGGGCAAGCUGACGGUGAAGUACAACCGCAAGGACCUGCAGAGGAGGCUGGACAUCGAGGAGUGGAUCGACGGGCAGCUGCACCUGCUGUUUGACUGUGAGGAGGAGGAAAUCCCUGAGUUAGAGAUUGACAUAGAUGAGCUGCUGGAGCUGACAGACGAGGGACAGAGAACCCGGCUGCAGGAGCUCUUGCAGGAAUGCGGGAAGCCAAAAGAGGAAUUUAUCAAUGGGCUGCUCUAUAGGAUAAAGGGUCUACGUAAAAUGUCCGGUUCCUUGAAGAAAUGAAUUCUAGGUCAAAUCAAGUUGAGAAAAUGUGGGGGCUUCAUCUUCAUCUUCCUAUCUCUCAGACGUUCAACUGUCUGCCUGCACGCGCAGUUCAUCGGUCAAUGGGAUUUUCUUCCUGCGUCAGAAUCAGUUUAACACAAGAGCAAUGGGGGUUUCAAUGUUGUUUUUUAUUAUCAUUAUUAUUAUUAUUAUUGCUAUUAUUUCAGUUUAAUUUAUGGACUGCUAUAACAUAAACCAAUGAUGCACACGAGAUAAAAGCCGUAAUGAGACGGACAGUUGUUUUUUUUCUUCUGUGUAAGACACUGUACAUUUUCAGUUGCCUAUUUAUGUACAUAAAUAUUUUUUUGUUCUGAUAACAGUGUUGUAAGUUGAAAUAAAACUGAACAUUUUCAA